AUGGCAAUGAUCGCCCAGGAGCUCAACCCGUCGGCGCCCAUCUCACGCACCGAGUACGCCAAGGUUGAUGCGGCGAGCAUCCUCGGCAUCGGCGCCUUCGACAUAGACAAGACGCUCGCACGCGACGAAGGGUUCCUCGACUUUCGACCCUACCGACAGCACGACUCGCGCAUCCAGUCCGUCACUCUCCGAAGCGAGGGCGAGUAUGCGAUGGUGGACCUGCAGCGGUGGGUCGGGCUGCUGCUCAGGGAGCGCGGUGCCGCCAUUCUGCGCAGCAAGGGCGUGGUCCACGCCCAGGGCGGCCGCCGGUUCGUGCUGCAGGGCGUACACUCCACCUUCGCCUUCGAGCCCAACGACCACGUCUACGUGCAGGCCAGGAAUACCAAGAAUGCCACGGCCGAUGCUGACGUCAGCAGCGCGGCGGUCCCGAAGACCAACCGAUUCGUCUUCAUCGGGCGCGACCUCCACCCGAGGGACCUCCUGGCCCACUACCAGCGCCACCUUAAACAGAAUGAGGCUGGUGACGUCAGCAGCGGCGGCGACGAGAGGGUGCCGAGCGUGCGGGUCGAGGCGUGGACCGGCGCGACGGCAGGCGGCGGCCAGGGCGCGAGCGUGGGCGGCCGCUGGGUGUCGUCGCUGGUCGUGUUCGGCAUCCUCUACGCCUUCUCGCGCUAUCGCCACGCGGUGACCGACGCCCUGGGCCUCCCGAGCGAGUGGGCGUGGCUGCUGGUGGUCGUCGCAUUGUCGGCCAAUUCCAAGAAGAGGCCGGCCAUGAAGCCACACCACCGACAGACCCGACAGCCUCCCCGCUGUGCGAUAUGCCUCUGGCAGCCUACGUCGUGUGGUGUGUGGCGUGUGGCGUGGGUCGUGCCGCACACGUUGCGUUGUGUGUGUGCGUGUGCGUGUUGUGUGUGCCUUACAUGGCGUUGGCAAUCAUGA